CGGAGGAGCUGGACAUUUCCGCUCAUGACAUUCAAGACAUCGCUAGCCCUUUAUUACUCGAACCUUUUGCGAGCCCGCUCCCAAGGCUAAGACGACUUGGUCGACCAGCCUUGCAUCAGAUACGCCUCGUCGGCACCUAAUCCAUAAUGGGAGACGCCAGUCUGCACAAAACUGCAAGUCCGGACUGGUCGGAUUCAUCAUCAGGAACGUCUAUCGACCAACCCAUCCACGCGCCGAAACCCGUGCGACCAAAGUUGCCGAGCCGCAAGAGCAGCGGCACCAUGAUUGUUCCCCGCGACUCCACAGACGUCGGGCCGGUUGAUGUGCACACCGGUCCGGACGACGUGAGGGCCAUGAGCCCGAGACGAACGAGCGAAGAUAUCCAAACCCUCGGCAAAGAGGCGAGGGCCGAGCUAGAAAGGCACGCCAAAGCAUUGCAGGACUCUCUAGUCACCCUCUUCAACCGAAUCGAGGCGGUAAAGGAAGAGCAUGACAAACUCGAUAGCCACAACAAGUUUCUCCAAAAGUAUAUCGGAGACUUGAUGUCGACUAGCAAGAUCACGUCUUCCAGCCGGAGCAAGAAAUGAGCAACGCUAUGCCGGAAGGCUUGGGAGGGAGGAAGGGGGGUCGGCCCGAAGGGGGAGGAGGUGAUGACGACAUCGAGAUGUUACGGCCGUACCAAUACAGCCACCUUGAACCAUACUAAA